AUGCGGCUGAUUGCCUUUGUCCUCACCUUGGCCGGCGCGGCGCCCCUCGGCCCGGCCGCCUUGGAGGGCGGUGGAGGCGCGAGGCCGAUGCGGCUGAUUGCCUUUGUCCUCACCUUGGCCGGCGCGACGCCCCUCGGCCCGGCCGCCUUGGUCUUCAUCCUGCGCCCCAUCUUGGCAGUCGGCGGGGCUUCGGCCGGUGAAGCUGCUGCCGACGAAGCGCUGGCGGACGUGUACAACCACGAGCUGACGCCGCUGCAGAAGCACAUCGCCUUCUUCGACAGGGACAAGGACGGCGUCAUCUACCCCUCCGAGACCUACCAAGGGUUCCGCGCGAUCGGCUGCGGGGUCGGGCUUUCCGCCUUCAGCGCCGUCUUCAUCCACGGCUUGCUCGGGCCCCGGACCGUACCGGAGAACAUGAAGGCUCCAGCUUUCAAGUUCCCCAUCUACGUAAAGUGCAUCCACAAGGGCAAGCAUGGGAGCGAUUCCGGCGUGUACGAUGCUCAAGGAAGGUUCGUUCCUGAAAAGUUUGAGGAGAUAUUCAAGAAGCAUGCCCACACCAGGCCUGAUGCCCUAACAGGCAAAGAGCUGAAUGAAAUGCUUCAAGAAAACAGGGAGCCCAAUGACAUAAGAGGACGGGUGGGUGGCUACACAGAGUGGAAACUUCUCUACUCGCUGUGCAAAGACAAGCAGGGGUUUCUUCACAAGGAGACCGUUAGGGCAGUCUAUGACGGCAGCCUGUUUGAGAAGAUGGAGCGGGAGAGGAAGGAAGUUCGGGAAUCUGCAAAGAACAAAUAAUGAUAACUCCUCUGAUAUACCUUCUGAACAAUGUGCACCAGGUUCUCUCGUCAAUAAAUAUC